UAUUGAGUGUGAAGAUGCUUCAUCACACAAGAGAGGACAAGAUGAAGGAGAGAAGUGUAGACGUUCAGGCAGAACAAGUUUGGCUGACUCUGGAUCCCCCCAAAAAUAUCAUGAGCCUCCAUCCAAACCCCUGUUCUCCCAGGGGCUUCUGCAGCCUGUUCUGCUCCUCCCAAAGACCGAUCAACAUGGCAUGUUCCACUGAAGACUCUGACAAUACAACUGAUGGACUGCAGACAUUUACUGGGGCAGGAUAACACAUUGACACUACCAGGGGAAAGAGGAGAACAAAGACCCCAGGGUUUAACGGUUGAUGGGGAACCGACCACCAAUAACAGUCUUGGCGCAUCUAGUACACAUCACCAGACUCUGCGAGAAGAAACCAAGUCUAAGAAGAGAGAAAAACUACAAAAGGGAGAUAUGCCGCACCACAGCACAAAAAGUGAAAAGAGUCUGACUGUCUCAAAGGGCCAUCUUUACAGCGGCAUCAUGGAGAAGGAGCGAUUCCACUGCACCCUGUGCUUGAAAAGCUUUAGCAGUGCAAAGUCCCUGAAAACCCACAAAGCGAUCCACAAGGAAAAGAAUGUCCACACCUGCUCUUACUGUGGACUGAGUUUUAACCAAUCAGGGACCUUAGUGACGCAUGUGAGGAUACACACUGGAGAGAAGCCCUUUGAAUGCUCUGAAUGCCAGAAGAGUUUUGUCUCAUCCUCUCACCUUCAUGUACACCAGAGAAUCCACUCUGGGAAGAAGCCAUAUGCAUGCAAAGAGUGCGGAAAGAGGUUCACUCAGUCGUCAGGCCGGGACUUCCAUCAAAAAAUCCACACAGGAGAGAAGCCCUUUCGAUGCAAUGACUGCAAUAUGUCUUUUAUAGCUGAAAAAUUUCUAAAACAGCACCAACGAGUCCACACCCAGGAGAAACCAUACCACUGCUCUGACUGUGGUAAGUCUUUUAACCAUCACGGCAACCUGAUCGAGCACCGACGCGUGCACACAGGUGAGAAGCCUCACCGCUGUUCCGACUGUGGUAAGUGUUUUGCAAGAUACAAUGCACUCAAAGCCCAUCGGAGAACACACACUGGAGAGAGGCCGUACUCCUGCACUGAGUGUGAAAUGAGCUUCCGCCAGCUGAGUCAUAUCCGCGCACACAUGAGAAUGCACACUGGAGAGAGACCUUAUGUCUGUGACGUCUGUGGUAAAGGCUUUGCACAGCUACAGAACCUACAGAGUCAUCAGAAAAAAAAGCAUUAAGACUUAAAUUUGAGAAAUGUGCAUGUUACUUGGUGAGAGAAAGAGAUACAUCAACUAUGUGAUAAAUUGACUAUUGUAAACAAUCAUUACAUUUACAU